AUGGCCGAGCCCAUUAGUUGCCUUAAACGAAAAAUAUCAGGCGAAGAAACCGGUACCUUCGAUUCCCAAAAUGUUCAAAAUGCGAACAAUACCAACGACAAGAGCGUGACAUUUGCUGACGUUCUCGGAAAACAGCUAGUGUCGGUGAAACAUAUCACACCAACUUCGAGCUACGAAGAUGUAAACAAGGCGUUCAUUCGCAGGAAAAUAAAUAGUCGGAAAAUUUAUGAAGUUAAAGACGAAAAUAAUAACAUCAUCCCUGGCAGAUAUCCUGGGGCAAAUGGACUAUCCAAGACGUAUCUAAAGUGCUGCUUUCCACAACCAGCCUCAAGCCCAGAUUUCCUGGAACGAAUGCGAACGCAGAUGGUUUGCUUGGAAAAUGCAUACAUGGGCGGUAGCUCGAACUUAGAGCUUAUUGGUCUUAUCAGGGAGCAAAAAAAACUACCAGGCUUCAAAAAAGAGGUUCACAUCGCAUCAAAGUGUUUAAAACUGGACGUCACUCAACAUACUGGAAGACUAGGGAGAUUAUUUUAUGAUAUUUCUACUAUAGACCUUGCAAAGGAUUUGCUCGGCAAGCUUUUAUACCGUGUGUUGACAGGGGGUAAAGUCGUGAUCGGUCGUAUCGUGGAGACAGAGGCCUAUCUUGGUAGAACCGACAAGGCUUGUCAUUCGUUUGGCGGUAAGCGAACGGCGAGAAACGAAGCGAUGUUCAUGGCACCAGGAACGGCUUACGUAUACUUCAUCUACGGGAUGUAUUAUUGUCUGAAUAUCUCGAGUCGCGAGGAAGGCGCUUGUGUGCUGGUCAGAGCUCUGGAACCAGUCAAGGGACUUGAUACAAUGAGGAAAUUCCGAGGAGCUAAACACAAGGACAAGGGAGCAGGUCUAAAGGAAAUCCAGCUAUGUAAUGGACCCUCUAAGCUCUGCCAAGCAUUAGACAUCAACAAGACAAACCUAAAUAAAAAAGAUCUGGUAACAUCUAACCGAUUUUGGAUUGAGGAAGAUGAUAGUGGUGGAAGGUUUAAGGUGGUGACAUCUCAUAGAAUAGGGAUUGAUUCGUAUGGUGCCGAAGCCUCAUCACAGCCUAUGAGAUUUUAUGUUUAUGGAUGUAGAAGUGUCAGUGUUAGAGAUAAGAAGGCUGAGGCUGAAUUAAAUUAAUAAAUCUUUUGGUGAACUA